AUGCCUACUUAUGCAAAAUUUAUGAAGGACAUCAUCUUCAAGAAAAGAACCAUCGAUCGUGACCCUAUUAUUCUAACCGAAACGUGUAGUGCUAUUUUGCAGGGUAUGAAGAUUCCGGUGAAGAAGAAGGAUAGAGGUUCCGUGACUAUUCCUUGUACAAUUAGGGAUAGGUCAUUCAAGAAAGCUAUAAUUGAUUUGGGAGCAAGUGUGAGCCUUAUGUCGUUGUCUAUCUAUAAGAGAUUGGGGAUAGGUAACGUACAGGAUACAAGAAUGACACUCCAGUUUGCUGACCAUUCUGUGAAAAGACCUUAUGGGAUAGUAGAAGACGUGCUUGUGAAAAUAGACAAAUUCGUGUUCCCAGUGGAUUUUGUGAUUCUAGAAAUGCCGGAAGAUGAGGAGAUCCCUAUCAUUUUAGGAAGGCCAUUUCUAGAGACAGGGUGA